UGCCGUCGAGAGAAAAUGUCAACAACAUGCCGGCGACUUCCAGAGAGACAGAGACCGAGGCUUCCGCUGCAGGGGCGGACAGACAGAGACAGCGAGGAGACCAGGAAUCUCACAACGUCGUGUCUGUCCUAUCACAGCUCGCAGAUGAUCAUUUGACUCUUGUGCGGAACAUAAGCACUGGGCUGGCGAUUGCUGGUGUUCUGAUAAUUGCAAGGAGCAUCAAACUGAUCACCAAAUUUCAAGCUGCGUCUGAGAUCCCGGCUCUUUUCAUCGAGAGGAACGUCCGCCUUCGUGGGAGAGUUCACUCCGUCACAGAGAAAGGACUUGAAGUGGAGCACGUCCCGAUUCAUCUGCCAAUCCUCUCAACACUACUUAACAAACACAAGGGUGUGUCCAGGUCUCGAUUGAUGGUGCGUCUUGCCGGAGUGGAGCUGACACCAGAGGGGAGGGACUGGCUGCAGAAGAACCUGGCCCCCGCCCAAACAGUCUGGCUAAAACUGAUCAGCCGUGAGGACGACACACUGCACUGCUUGGUUUCUCAAAGCAGGCAGGGGUCGUUAUGGAGCUACUGUGUGAACGAAGAGGUCCUGAAGCUCGGCCUUGCUCGCAGGGGGCCCAUCGCAGUCCGGCCUGACUCUCCUCUCCACUGGCGUCUCCACAAACGGCUGCACAGGGCAGAGGUCAAGGCUGAGAGGAAGGGGCGGGGGCUUUGGAAGGAGGACAGCCGAUGGGAGAGGGCGUCCAAGGCUGUGGGGGACAGUGCUUUACUCAGACUGAUGAGGUGGAUAUUCAAAAGGACAUGACUGAUUGAUCCAGGGCAGAAUGGAAAAACAGUCAAUUGUGUCUCAAGGUCUGAUGUCAUCAAAAUGUGACGUCAGUCUAUUUAUUGACUCAUAUAACGGAGUUCCUGUUCUGUUCGUAAAGUGUAAAAAGGGAGUUCAGGCAGCUUUGUUUGGGAAGAUCUACUCGGCUGUCCUGUGGGAUAGAUGCACUUUUAAGGCAAUGAAAGAUAUAUUAAUUUGCCUGAUAUCACAAAGUUGAUUUCUUUUGACUGUCAUCAUUUUCAUUUAAAAAAUGUUAUUUGAAACCCUUUCUCACAUCCUGGUGCUAAUCCCUCAGCUUUCACCUCACCCUAUUAACCCACAACUCAGCACAGCCCCCACAAGAUGGGGGCUGGGUAUGUUAAUUGUUCAAAAUGGAGAGAGGGUGGGGGGUGCAGGGGUCCACUUGUCCGUCCCUGAAAUCACUGUUGCUAUAGAAACACCCAAUGUGAAAUACAAAGGGGCCGGACUCUAUAUUGGCCGACCCAAACCCCACGGGAGCCUUACAUGCAGGGUGUGUGGUGGGGUCUUUAAGUGCCAAUGAAGAGGCUCCUUGUGUGUGUAAUGUGACCAGUAUUUAAGCACUUGGAAUGUGACCAAACCUGUAAGAGGCCUUGGAUAUUGAAGCACUAUGUGUAAAGCAGUGAGAUAAAUAAAGAUGUGUUCCUCUACACCUGGUGAAGAUCAA